CCACAUGCAUCUAAUGCAGCAAUCAGCAAAAGGUUGGAGAGCACCUUGAUUUCUCACAAGUUUUCUUGGAUGUCCUAGAUGUGGAAUUGCACCUGGGUCACCAUUACAAUGGGACUGCAGUUCACUCUGGUAAUUCACUCAAGGGGGACCCACAUGCCCUGUCUGUAGUGUGUGUGUGUGUGUGUGGGUGUGUAGGAGGUUCCUUUUGCCUCCCAUGAUGGUGGGUAGAGGGAAUGAGGAACGGCUUCAGAUGGCCAGGAAUGGGGCAAUUUCAGCAUUGCAAAGGCAUCACUGAGCUAGCAUGCACGGUCAGUUCCAAUGAAACCAUGGGACGGAUGAAUUUUGUACUUGCGGACUGCAACAGAUUACCUUCUCCCACCAAAACCGUCUUUGGAGAGGCCCUCAGUAGAAAACAUGGCCUGGUCCGAUUCAUUCCAUUUCUCUUCAUGCUUCUUGAUCAGGAUGCCAUGAAAUGCUCUGUAACCCUCUGUAUUCUUCUGCUGUAGUGGGCCGAGGUGAACAACCAACCUGUGAUUGUAAAUCCGCAGCAGCCUCUAAUUUGACGUGCCACGGCGCUUGGACUUUGCAUCAAGGUCGAUGCUACUAUUUUUCAAAGGCAGAGAAAAAUUGGACUGCUAGUCAAAACUUUUGUUCUUCACAUAAUGCCACCCUGGCUAUAAUUGAAAAUGAGGAAAAGGAUUUUGUGAUGCGCCUCAAAGGCAAAGACAUCUUUUGGAUUGGUCUCCGGAGAGAUCCUAGUGAGCAAUGGAAGGGGCCAAAUGGUGAAAAUGCAACGUUGGAGGUCCUUGGAAAGGGAGGAGAUUGUGCGUAUUUAAAUGAUGAAGCCAAAGCGAGCUCUGCACGAUGCAGCAUUGAACACCAGUGGAUCUGCAUCAAAGCUGGUCUUUUUCAUCCGACUCUUCCUUCUCUGCCCUUGGACAGUGGAGAUAUCUGUAGUCCUGUGGAAAGAGAUGAUAUGCAACCCCGGGGCAAUGUGAUUCGUCAGAACAGACAAGGUGUCCCUGGUGCCUUACCCAGAGCAGCAAGACUCCAAGAAAGGCAAGGAAUGGCUGUUCCAGAAGGACUCAUUCCCAGAGUUCAAUGGUUGGGGAGAUUUCUUAUCUGGCUUUUGAUAAGUUUUCCGAUCAUCAUACUUAUAGUGUGGAUAGUAUGGGGAAGCCUUAACCCUCAGGAAACCUCCUCCAAUGUGGAUAUCUCUAAUUUGCCUGAUCAUGCGUGUCCAAGUGGCUGGAUCUACUAUUUAGGAAAAUGCUAUUUUUUCUCAGAGGAAGAAAGGAACUGGUCUGACAGUCAACAAUUUUGUGAUUCUCAAGAUGCCACUUUAGCUCUGAUAAAAACUGAGCCAGAAAAGGCAUUCGUUCUGCGUUAUAUGGGCACUGUCGGUCACUGGAUUGGUCUGGCCAAGGAUUCUGGCCAAGCCUGGAAAUGGGUAGAUGGGACAGAAUUCAAGAACACGUUGAAGGUGAGAGGAGAAAAUGGAGACUGUGCAUACCUGAGUCCUCCCAACUUUGCCAUACCUUCACCUUGCCAUGUAGCAAGGAAGUGGAUCUGCAGCCACCUUAAUGCUUAUAGAAGGAACAUGCCUUGUUUAGAGGAGAUGGAAACCAUUGAUAAGCACAUACAUGAAUAGAUGGCCUCAGGUUGGGAGAUAUUAUAGCAUUCUUCAAGUAUCUGAAAGGCUGUCACUAAGAGGCAGGACAGGAUCUUUUCUAGGUUAUUCCAGAGUGCAGGACACAGAAUAAUGGAAUCAAGUUAAAAGAACCCAAAUUUAGACUAGACACCUAGAAGAACUUCCUGGCAGUCAGAACAGUGCAACAAUCAAACCUAUCACCUCGGGAAGUUGUGGGCUUUCCCUCACUGGACAGUCAUUUGAAUGGGGUAGUGUAAUUUGGUGUCCUGCAAUAGCAGGGAGUUGGACCCAAUGACCUUCUGCCCCCUUCCAGAAGAUCUGUGAUUCUAGGUCCUGGACUGCAAGGGCAACCAAGACUCUGUGCUUGUUUUUGCAUGUUAGAGUUAAAAAGUUAGUACAUAUUUUGGGCUGCUGGUAAUCUUUCAGGCUACAGAUCAGAAUGGAGCCAACAUUUUGUUCAGAUUGCGAUACUGGAUACCUUCCAACAGUUGCUUUCUCAUAUACCCAAUGAUUGCUGGAGAAGUCUCCUGUGAGUCCCUUGGACUGCAAAGCGAUCAAACUAGUCUCUCCUAGAGGAGAUCAAUCUGUUAGAGUGUCUAAAAUAGUUCUGUUGGCUGAAAAUAAUAUUCCUGAUAAACAUGAUGCAAUUUCUUUAAGAAUAUGUUGGUAAAAUAAUAGAAGUUUUAUAAAAAUUCAUUACAAUAAUAAAGAUUUGGGGUUUUGCAUUGUA